GCUCACGACCACCUAUUGUCGCUGACGGGAUCCGUUAUAGUAAGGACUAACUACCGGACUAGAAGACGGAAUACGUACAUCCGUAACACAAUUCCCAGAACGUGACCUUUUAGGGAUUAAUCACCAUCCAUCGGCCAGGAAGAGGAACCAGUCCUCGCAAAGAAAAUCCAAACUGGGUUAUUUCCUAAGAUCCCAGAUGGAGGUGGAUACCGAUCUACAGUGUCCAAUAUGUUUGGAGUUAUUCAACUAUCCCAUAAUACUCCCAUGUUCCCACGUGCUGUGCCGUUCGCCAUGCGCAGAACAUUUGUUCGAUUUCAACUUUAUCCGCUGUCCGGUGUGUCGAGAUAACUGCUACGUUAGCGGGGGGAUAUCGAGUCUUCCUAGAGUCAUUGCACUGGAAAACAUUAUUGAACGAUACAAGGCUGACAAGAAACAGGAGCAGACGGCUCCAGUCGUAAAGACAACACCAGAAAUCACUACUCCAAAGGCAGAAGGCGGGAAAGGUAUUUGCCAGUUGUGUGAGAAAACUCCUCCACGAAAGGCGAAAAAGUUUUGUUUGGAUUGUAAUGUUUCUUAUUGUAAUCAUUGUCUACGUCUAUCACAUCCAAAUAGACAGCCAUUCAACACUCACGAGAUCGUGGAACCCACCCCUACAUCUAAGACCGCAACACCGGAAGUGAGUGGAGCUUCCGGUGUAUGCACAAUACACAAAGCAGUACCAAUUUCACUCUACUGUUUGAGCUGUGAAAUGACCAUAUGUAAAGUCUGCCGAACCUCAGACCGACACAAGAAACACAAAAUGGCGCCUGUCGAGGAAGCGUUUCUGAACGUAAAGUUAUCACUAGCAGAGAAGUCAGAAAAGUUAAAGACAAGCCAGUCCAAAGUUGUAGUAGCCAUAAAAUCACAGAGAGACAGCCUUAAAGACAUGCAGCAGGCUAUCAACAAACGGAGGGACGAGAUUAACUCGCAGUGCGACGCCCUUUUAGCCGAGAUUGAAAACAAACGUCACUUCUUCCUGUCAGACCUAGAGUACGAGGAGCGCAUGCGUCAGAAUGACAUGGAUGACUUGAUCAAAGUCAUGGAUCAAAUACAACGAUCUGCGCAGGCGCUCCUCGGUCAUACAACUGAGGUUCUUCAACAAGAUCAAGUUGAUGUCUUGGAGGCUGCCAGCUCUACGAAUGAAAAGUUGGUCAAAUCAACUCUUGACUGUGAGAGUGUCCAGUUUACUCCUUCUGACCUUGACUUUCUCCAGGAAAAAGUCGUUGACUUUCGGCGAGAGAAGAAUAUACUCAGGGAUUUACAUUACCUAGUUGCCCCAGCAACACCAGUCAUCGACGUCACUCGCUGUUCUCGUAGCGACAACAUGGUUGUGUUGGUGAUCUCGCCGCCAUUUGGACCACACGACGUCAUACAACAGUACGAAAUCCAUUACUGCUCCGAGGAACAGAAGAGUCUCGAGAUUGAAGAUACGGUGGUAGUGAAGAACGUUCCUGAUGAAAAAGCCACGACGCGAGGUGUUCCGAACAGUUCAGGUCUUGUGGUUAUCCUCCUGGAGAACCUGUGUAAAGGGACCACAUAUUACUUCUGUGUUAGUGCCAUAAACAGCGCGGGAAAAAGCGCGAACUCGGAAGUUGUUCAAUGUAUUACACUACUUCCGGGAGAAAGUGUAGUACCCGUUCCUGUGAUAAUAGAAAGCUUGUGUCGCCAGUUCGCCUCAUCUAUACAGAUCUACAGUUCUAGCCCGCAAGAUGUCGCUGCAGAGCAAAGUAUAUCUCACUUUCUGUUGUAUCGCCCAGUGGCGCUGAGUCGUGCCUGGCGCACAUUGGUAUUGUACGGACGGCAGGACCAUCGAGUGUUUGGACUGGACACUAACGUUGAGUACGAAUUCGUCAUUAUGGCCAGUAACCCUCGUGGGGAAUGUCAAAUAUCUAAUAAGGUCUCCCUUCAGACCGAAGCAAAUGAGGCAAAUGUGUGACAAGAAUGCCUCACUUCAGACCGAGGUUAAUGUUGACCUAGUGUUUAACAAGUCCCAAUUACGACCAAGUUUGGCGUGAGUAGUGUGUAUAACAACAAAUUCUCGACUGAGAACGAGGCUUAUGAGAAACAACAGCAAGCACCGAUAUGUUAAUCAGGAAAAUGUGAACAACAAAGUAUUUAUUCAGAACGAUGUGAACAACCGCCUCGCUUCAGAUCGAGGCUUACGGUGCUAUAGUCUUUAUCGAUAACGAGGCUAGUGUGCAACAACAAACUCUCGAUUCAUAACGAGGCUAACGAUGGAGUGUUGAUUCAAAAGUCUAACAGCAAUUGAAGUCGACACCAAGAAGACAAAGGCCAGUGUGAGCAUGUAACUAAUGUAACAAAGGUGCUGUCAUUCAAAUAUCAGUCACUUAAAGGCAGCAACAUUAUUGUAAACUCUAUAUCAUCUUUAAAUAAUUAUGAUAUAACGUCCAGCAACACCGUCGUGCUAAAGGAAACAAAAUCUACGACAACCAAAUGGUGAUCCUAUCAUCGCAAAAAUGGCGUUUUAUAUCAAGCUCUCAAAGUCUUGAUUUAGCAUAUCGUCACAUAUAAAACUCUUGGUUUUAGAAACAGCAAUACAGUGAUAAAAUGCCAUGAAAUAGCUUUACUGAAAGUUUAAUCAAACAUAUUUCAAUCAGCACAAAUUAUACUUCAUAAAAGAUAUGUUCUACCGAAUUAUUAGUUCAGUGCAAAUUCCUUGCUGUGUUAAAUACUACAACUUUAAUAGACCAUAUAGGUAGUUUGUGGACAAAAUGCCAUUGAAGUUGCUUUUAGAUAUUCUCGUACACAUGACGGUGAGGAAGUGUGUUGUCCAGUUGGAGUCGAGCAUGAGGCCUUAUUUGGUUUUUAUACUUUAUGUUGUACCAUACAUUUUCACAUUUAAUGAAGGGAGACAAUCCCGUUGUGGUAAUUUCAUAUCUUAUUAGAGAUGAAAGGUCAUCGCUAAAAAUUUGAAACUGUUAAAAGGCACGGAAGAUCACAACAUUAAUUAUUUAUUUCAUAUCUCUCUUUUCAUAGUCCCAGGUAUGCAUAGUUGAUAAUGAGAGUGCUGAAAAGGUGACGAGUGCGGAUGCUGAAAGUGAUAAACAUUCUAUUAUGUGUGAGAUGGUAGAUCGAAUUUGAUUGGACAAUUUUUAUUUGUCAAUUUUCAUUUGCUAUACAUGAAUGUGUGUAAGCUUGUACUGAAAAUGUUUACAAAUGAAAUCACGCGUUGUUUAGUGUUAUGUGGGAAAGGAAAACAUCAUCAAGUAUGAAAUAUUACAUAACGAGGUAAAAUCAGAAAAGUCUGAAAGGUUAUGGAAAUAUCUAAUGUGCAUUUUGCUAUUUAUUUAUUUUUAUUUACUUAUUUAUUAGAUGACAGAGAUUCCUUGACACAAAACCCUCAUUAAUAGAAUGGUAGAUUAGAAUGAUAGAUCGUUUUGGAUUUGUAGAAAUCAAGACAAAGUCUUGUAGAUCUAGUCGAAUAUAGAGUUCACGUUUGUUGACAAAAUGAAUUGUCGAUCCAAUGCACAAGUAGUCUUGCCUUCACAAGUUAUUUUUAGAUCAUACUAUAAGGAAAAGUAUGCUAGACGCCCAUUAUACUUUCCACAAAGGAUGUUGAUAUUGUGAUAUUGAGGCUGUGUUAUUUGUUAUUUAUGAUGAGCUAUUUAAACCUCUGUGUGAUCGCCAGUUUAAUGUCAGAAAUUAAACCUGUGUUUGUAAAGUUAUUUAUCAGAUUAUUGCUGCAUUAUUUACAACGAUACCGAGUUCAGUAUUUCAAUCACUCACACUAGAAUGCAUUUUCCUCACCCUACACACGCAAUUUCUAAAUGAAAUCACAUGCAUUCGCAUCUGGCUAGUAUUAAUACGCUACUAUAGCAGGAGUGACACUAUUGUUAGUUUCUAGAAAUACUAACCAGAUGCAAAUAUCAGUGGUAAAAUGGUCGUAUUUUAUGUAUAUAUAGAUAGUUAUCUACUGUAUAGUUAGUAAUGUUCGCGGGGAUUUAAUUUCGCUAUGUUCGCAGUGAUUAAAUAAAGCGCGAAAAUAUAAUUCCAUGAAUAUUAAUUUAUACAAACAAAUGUUUAUAAGUAGUAAUGUUAAUUGCAGAAUACUUCCAGGGCGUGUCUUAAUAUCCGCGAAGUAGGUCCGACAAGGACAACCGCGAAAUAUUAACCCCGAGAAUAUUAACAACUAUACAAUGUUUGAUAGGAUUCAUUCUUGCAACAUCAAACGUCCGUGCCCUAUAUACGAAAAUAGUUUCAAAUGUCUUUGAAAAAAUAUUUUAGCGCCCCCCCCCCCCCCCCCCCCCCCUUUUUUUCUUCUUUUUUUUACUUUCACACAGAUUCGCGUUUACAUUAGCGUUUUGAUGUUGGUUCGAUUUAGUCUGCCAUAUGCUACUGUUAGAAAAAUGAAGUGAAAGGAUUACUUUUAGUGUUUUGAAGAAAGGCUCAAGCUUACGUACUGCAAUAUGAUCUUUAGCUUAACAGGUGACAUCUAGCCCUAGUUGGGUAGAAUUGUUGAAUAAAUCACACAUACCUGACAGUC